AUGAUGGCUGCGAUGGUGGCGAUGGUGACGGUGCGGUGCCGUGCGGUGUGCGCCGUGUUGGUCCUUGGGCUCUUGUGCUGCUGCUGCUCUUCUGUGUGCGUUACGGCCGCUGGGAGUGCUGGACAUGUAUCUGGUGAUGCGAACGCGGUGGUUGUGUCGGUGGAUGUGCUAUGUACUCCGAGUGACGGCAGCCCGAGGUAUCGCGUGCGUGUGUGUGUGUGUGCAUGGAAGAGGUGUUCUGCAGCCAGUGCUGAGGCUCAGCAUGGGAAUUAUACUUUCAUUGGCUUUGAUGUGCGCAUGCAUAGCAGAGAUGGUGAGCUGUGUGCUGUGCGCCAUGUGGUCAAUGCGGUGCACACGUCUAGCAACUGUGCUACCAGCUGUGCAACGGAAGAGGAAGGGGCCACCGUUGCCUUCACGACGAAUGUGACGACACAUAAAUACGCCGGCCCUUAUGAAUUGUGGUGGCGUCAAUUUCCCCCGAUGGAACCAUCCAUCCGCCUGCACGGAGCGGCGAUGCUGACCAGACGGGCGUCUGUCAGUUGCCGCCACCCCGUGAAGGGAAGGAUGACACAAAAUCUGGUGGGACAACUGCGCCGCAAGUCAAUGCUGAGCCGUCACGUCAGAACGAGGAUUGGCGACGGUCUGCGACGGCUGACGGACCCAACACCGUCGAUCCGAGUCCCGCAUCCAACACGGCGACCAACACAUCCGAGAUGA